GUAUAUAAGUGACAUGUUGCCUACUUUCUUUCUUACCAAGCGUGCACCCCUUAAAUCGAGUUCGUGGUGCGCUCUAUUACAACAUCAACAAACUUCCAGCUUUGAAUCCCCGACAGACAUGCAAGAAGCUCCACAAACCGCAGACCCUGCCGGCUCAGGAGAGCCUCCCCAGCCACAGCGCGACGAGCAUACCCCCGAAACAGACCCCGAUCCCGGCCGGCUCGUUUGCAAAUGCAAACGCAACACGCCGGAGGACAAGCCAACUUGGAAGAGACCGGCUCGCCGCUUGUGCUCAGAAUGUCCCGAGUUAUCAGACGAGGAAAGGAAAUUCUGCGCCAAGAUAAUUCACGAUUACAAAGAGCGACAAAACGAGAAAGAUAAAGACAAGCUCAUCUCUAUCGACAUCCUCAAUGAGAAAUUCGCGUGCAAAGCAUGCCUCGAGAUACGAAAUCCGCCCGGCGCGCCAGACGUACGAGAGCGAACCAAUGACGGUAAGGAGAUUUUCUCCAAGGGGUUCCGACUCGAGCCACACAUGCCCCGCCGCUGGUAUCCAAAAGAGAUUAUGUACGCGCUGAAUGUACUCAACGAUCAGUUGACGUAUGAUAAACAUCCUUUGGAGGAUGGACAUAUUUCGAAGAGAGACAUAGAGACUGCGGAGAAGCUGCUAUGAUAUGUUAGAGGUUCUUCGGGGAGCUUUGGAAUGAGCGGUUUACUUAGAGAUGGC